AAGAUAAAGUCAAAGAAAGGUCAGUUUAUUGUUAAAGACUUAACAGCUAAAACAACGAUUGGAGAGUUAAAAUUAAAAGUUUCGCAAUUGACUGAAGUAAAAGAAUCACUACUGCAUAUACUAGCUGGUUUUCCACCACGUCCAUUAGAUCUAACGCAAAAUGCGAGUUGUAUAUCAGCGGUAGGUAUUAGUAGCGGCGAAACUCUGAUUGUUGAAGAAAGACCAGCAACGGCAGCCGUCUACUCUUUAGAGGAUGACGAAGCACUUGCUCGUAGAUUGCAAGCGGAAGAGGAGGAAGAACAACUGCGACAAGUUGUAGCGGAAGCCACUGCCACGGAAGGUGCAAAUGGUCCUCAAUUACCGAUCGAAUUGCCUAGUGGCUCGAGCGGAAAUUUCAAUGGCAUUUUACUCAAGAAGGUUGUACCAGCAGAUAAUUCAUGCCUUUUUACUAGCAUACGUUUUGUCCUGAAUGGAAAAAUUGACAACGAGGGUAGUGAAAUGAUGCGGCAUAUUAUUGCCCAGGAGGUAGCCGCCGAUCCUCAGGAAUACAGCGACGCUGUGUUGGGGAAAUCAAAUGCCGAAUACUGCGCCUGGAUACAGAGACCAGAUUCGUGGGGCGGUGCUAUUGAAGUGUCAAUUCUCUCAAAUUACUACGGCAUUGAAAUUGAUGUUGUUGAUAUUCAAAAUGCGAUUAUAAAUCGCUUCGGUGAAGAUAAAAACUACGGUUUACGGGUAUUCUUACUAUUUGAUGGCAUACACUAUGAUCCAUUGUAUAUGGAGACAGUUGGCGGGGGGGCACCAGGUACUAUAUUUCCAAUUGAAGAAAUGAAUGUGUAUCACCAAGCGGAACAGCUAGCCAAUGAAGCGAAAUCAUCAAGACAAUUUACCAAUGUUGACAAGUUUUCGCUAAGAUGUCUCCAGUGUGAAGUUAUGUUGGUCGGUCAAGUGCAGGCGCAGCAGCAUGCAAAAUCAACUGGGCAUACCAACUUUGGUGAAAUUUAAUACGCAGUCAUUUUCAGUUCACUCUAUUUCUUCGCUUUCUUUUUGUUUGCCUACUAUGUACUCACUUCUUAAGCAUAUAUAACAUCAAUUAUCAAACAGCGCAUAAGCAAACGAAGAUACUUGCAAUAUCUUUUCCUAACGCUCUCAACUCUCGUCAAAACUGUUAGAAAUAUGCAUAAAUUUCAGCGCACUUCUCAUAUGAAAGAAUAGUUCAUUAAUAAUUCUAUAUAAUUUGUAAAAUAAGUUGAAACGAAAUAUGUAUUUAAAUAUCCUGAACUAAAUGUAAAGAAAUGUUCUACAAUAGUCUAGCCAACCACAUAAAAUAUUGGAACCUGCUUAAUACCAAAA